UAUCUUUGUGAUUUUACAUGUCAGUUCUUAGUUCUUAAAGAGGUUGUUUUCUCAUGUGAUCAAUGUUCAAGUUUAGUAAGGUUGUCCCAACUGAAAAGAUUAUUCUGUUUCCAUAUGGUGGAGUUUCUGACAUUCCAUUCUCAUAACUGAGGACUAGCCUAGAAGUGCACAUACUACAGGGUAUAUUACUAAAUUUUAUUAAAUAUUAUUGAAUAUGCUUAUUUAACUUAUUUAAUAAGGAUGUGUAUGUACCUUAUACCUACUUCGAAAGGUGUUAGAAAAUAUGGAAAUUGGGGAAAAUCCUAAAGACACUCCCCAUGAGUUCACGAGAGACGGUCUUUAAAUGGGGUUGGAGGGCCAUUUCUCUUAAAGCCCUGUGUGGUUACUUCAGUCUCGAGGGUCCCACAACAGUUGCGUCGGUGGCGAGUAGCCUACAGCGUUUCCCCACUACUGCUGCAGUAGUCGCGAUGAGUUUGCCCCUCAACCCCAAACCUUUCCUCAACGGAUUAACAGGAAAGCCGGUAAUGGUGAAGCUUAAAUGGGGAAUGGAGUACAAAGGCUACCUGGUGUCUGUAGAUGGCUGUAUGAACAUGCAGCUUGCAAACACAGAAGAAUACAUAGAUGGAGCAUUGUCUGGACAUCUGGGUGAAGUUUUAAUAAGGUGUAAUAAUGUCCUUUAUAUCAGGGGUGUUGAAGAAGAAGAAGAAGAUGGGGAAAUGAGAGAAUAGCAUCUUUGGGGAGGGAAUUUUUUUUAUAUAUAUUUGUAGACAAUAAAAAUCUGUUUGGUUUUCAA